AUGAGCGAUGCUAAAGCCCAGGGCGUGGCCGAUGCAGUGAUGGGCCAGAGCAACACGGAUGCCGGGAGGAUGGAGGUGCUGAAGCAACUCAUGGAGCAGCAGUCCGUGGGAGAUUGGAGGUUCUUGAGGCUGGAGACCAGCAGCUCGUCUUCUGAGGAGCCAGUGGAAAGCGAGCCCUUGGCCAAGAAGCCAAAGAUCGAAGUGAGGAGGAUGAACAGGGUGGAGAUGCAGGAGGAGCUGAAAGCCCAAGGCGAGCCCGUCGAACCUGGCGCCACCGUGAAUCAGCUGAGAUCUCAGCUGGUGACGGCUCGCAAGUCUGUGGAGACGCCCAUGGGCGCGGCUGAGGUCCAGGAGCCCCUGCCGGACAAGGUGGAGACGCCCGUGGACGCGGCGCAGAAGCAGGACAAGGUGGAGACUGAGGGCCAGGAGCCCCUGCCGGACAAGGUGAAGACGCCCGUGGACGCGGCGGGUGACCAGGAGCCCCCGCAUGACAUGGUGGAGACCGCGGAUGCCGCCCAGAAGCCCGAGGAGAGCCGCGGUGUUGUGUGGUCCUUGCCCACCUUGCCAGGCUCCGCGCGGUUCCAACAGUUGGCCGCGCACUGCCCGCCAGCAAGAAAGAAGAACAAGUCCUUGUACGUGGACCAAUGGCUUUUCGAGCCGAUCAAUGUGCAUGCCCUUGAAGGAGCGGGAAGCCUCCGCGCUUUCGGCCAGCUGGGCCUGCGGGGUCGCAUAGCAGACCUGCUCUCGCGGGACACCGAGAACAGUGGCAUGAUCCUCACGGUCUACCGGGACAGUGGCGCUUGCCACGGAUGCAAGGCUCGGCUUGUGUCUGGCGUGCACCUUGAGGAUUACGAGGAGCUGGGGAAGAACAAGAGCAAGAACAAGAGGCAGAAGGUCGACCCCGAGACCGAGACCAAUGAGGAGGAGCUGUACGGCAGGUUCAGGGAGCUGCCGCAGGUGGUCAGCACCUUGACGGAGAUGCGCAUCGACUCCUAUGAUGCCACCCGGUCGGCCUUCAGCUUUGGCAGGCUGUUCAAGGAGCUCUGCCGGACAGGCCUGCCGGUCUGCGACAUCGACCAGACCUUCUCGGUUGGAUACUCCUUGCUGCACCGGCACGCUGACGCGCAGCAAGUGCGGUAUUUGUUGCAGAACCGAGAGGCCUGCUACGCGGAAGUCGGGGUCCCGGACCGGGAUGAGGUGAAGAAAUUUUUCAACGGCAUCCUCAUGGGCGGUGGCAGUGAGCACUGCGAGCGCUUCAUGCUGCGCUACAAGCUCGAACAUCUCCCCCCCUUUGUGUUCAUCCUGAGACAGGAGAUGUGCAAGUUGGCGGCCCGUGACGCACAGGCCUACCCGGAGCUUGCGCAGGAGCUGAGCAAGGACGGUGGAAAUUGGAGGAGCCGGCUGCUGGAGCUGCUGCAUGAGCUGCGGGAGCGGGAGGUGACGGACAUGAUGGCGGAGCACGCUGGUGCCAAGGUCUGCGGCUGGGAGUAUGACGGGGUCCUCUUUGCUUGCCCCCCGGAAGAGCAUGCCAAGCUUACGGAGUCCCUGCAGCACAAGAUUGGCUUGCCCCUGAAACACAAGGCCUACCGGUCUCUUGAGGAGAUCCUGGCCGAGUACCAGCGGCUUCACCCGACCCUGGACUGGCAGAGCAGAGAUGAUGAUUGGUUCCAGGUGGAGCAGGACAGACGGCUUCUCCGCGCCUACUUGGUGAAGGGGACCGAAGGCGUCGACCGACUUGUUGCUGCGAUCCUCCCACACCAUGUCGCUCCAGACGGCAGGCUGGUUCGCGAGUGCUUCAAAAACUUCAGCUGCUCCAAGCAGCACAUGGAGACCGCCUUCUUCUGCACCGUCAAGCGACGUUGGCAGCUGGAGAGCCCGGCGCAUGUGGAGGAGCUCCUGUGCGAAUAUGCCAGCCAAGAGGUCAAGAACUGCUUGCCGCCCACCUGGCGCGGGCUACCGCCGGCCUCGGUGUACCGCAGGGAAUCAAUGCGCUCCGUUGUCAAAACGGCGGCAAACCGUGCCCUGUACGACAAAAGUUUCCAGCUGCAAGUGGACGGAGACGAGCACAGGGGCCUGCCCAGGACACAGGACGGGUGCUUGAUCGACGUGCGGACCAUGGACGCGCAGCUGGCCAAGCAGGAGCACGUCAUCACAAAAUGCUUGGGGGUGACUUACCCGCAAGAGCUCUUUGCGAUGUUGGACCGGGACCUGGACUUGGAGGAAUGCUUGCAACAGGUGAAGGACUUCGAGAGCGGGGUCGGGCAGGAGUACGGCGCUGUGGACAUGCCGCCUGAGCUCGGCGACAAGUUGCUGAAGUUGUUCGAGCGUCCCGCCCUCGAGGCGUGCAAGGUUCUCUACAGUUGCUGGGAAAACAUGGCGGUCACACUGUGGUUGAUGAAGUGGGCAGCGCAUAGGCUCUGCGGCACGUCCCAGCUGGAGGAAUUUCACAUCUAUCUGGGAGGGGGCAAGAACGGAAAGAGUUGGUGGAUCGCGCAGCUGCAGGCUUUGUUCGGCACGUACUGUGCGAUGCCCGACUCCGAUCUCCUGACCCGCCGCUUCAACAGCCAGCAGGCCACUCCGCAGCAUAUGGAGCUCCGGGGAGCUCGCCUCCUGCCGUUUCCGGAGAUGAAUGCCUCGCAUCGGCUCCAGGCCGACACACUGAAGUUGUACAGCGAGCACAAGACUGUGAUCCACGCCCGAAACCUCUUUGCCGACUAUGUCAGCUUCCGAGUUCAGUUCGGCUUGGUGAUGUGCUCCAACGAGCGGCUGCACAUGUCUCUUGACGGGGGAACCGACAGACGACUGUCGGUGGCAGAAUGGCCGAUUCAGUUCUGCCAGGUGCCGCGUGCCAGCCACGAGCGGUUGGUGCAGGUCGGGCUCAAGGACGAGCAGAGGCUCGCUGACAACAGCCCAGGGCUUCUCUACGUGCUGCUCAAGGUGUUCAAGGUCUUCGGCGCUGUGCAGGACACUCUGGUUCGACCGUGGCCGCUGUGGGUGGAGCAGGCCACGCGCAGCUACCUGCAAGGCGACUCAGUGGAGUUUGUGUGGGAGUCUUUCGUUGAGACCUGGGAGAUGGCCUCGACACCGUCCAUGGAGUGUGCGGGCUACGGAGUGGUGUCGGAUGCCUGGGUCGCCUUCGCCAGGACAAAGAACGUCGGCGUUUCGGCCGCCGGCAGUCACUUCAAGCAGGCAAUGCUACGCCACAAGCACAAUGGCCGCUACGUGGCCAAGUUCCUGAACGAAAACCAGUGCUUCAAUCAGCCCAAAGGGUCUGCGUAG